GUUGCGGCGCGUCCUCCAACAGACUCUCGAAAAUGUUUCGCAAGUGCCUGACUACGCUGGUGGCCAGCCAAUGCCAACGUCAGCCCGUGCUGCGCAUGCUGCAUCAGCAGCCCCUAAGUCGUCCGCCCAAGAUUCUCAUCACUGGCGGUCUGGGUCAGCUGGGCAUUGAGUGCGCCAAGCUGCUGCGUUCGCAGUAUGGCAAUGAGAGUGUCAUACUCUCGGAUAUUAUCAAGCCCAGCCAGGCGGUGCUGGAGAACGGUCCGUACAUCUUUGCGGAUAUUUUGGACUUCAAGGGACUGCAGAAGAUUGUUGUAGAUCAUCGCAUCGAUUGGCUAAUACACUUCUCGGCGCUGCUCAGCGCUGUCGGCGAACAAAAUGUGCCGCUGGCCGUCAGAGUAAACAUUGAGGGCGUGCACAAUGUCAUUGAGCUGGCCAAACAGUAUAAGCUGCGCAUCUUUGUGCCCAGCACCAUUGGCGCCUUCGGACCCGACAGUCCACGCAAUCCCACUCCGAAUGUAACAAUUCAACGACCGCGCACUAUUUAUGGCGUCUCCAAGGUGCAUGCUGAGCUUAUUGGUGAAUAUUAUUACCAUAAAUUUGGCUUGGAUUUCAGAUGCCUGCGUUUUCCGGGCGUUAUUUCAAGUGAUCCACCAGGUGGCGGCACUACGGAUUAUGCUGUGGCAGUAUUCCAUGAAGCACUGCGCAAUGGCAAAUAUACUUGCUACCUGAAGCCGGAUACACGCCUGCCCAUGAUGUACAUUGAAGAUUGCUUGCGCGCACUGUUGGAGUUUAUGCGUGCACCCAAUGAGCAGUUGAAGCGUCGCGUAUACAAUGUGACCGCCAUGUCAUUCACGCCCGAGGAGCUGGUGGAUAAGCUGAGCAAGCAUGUGCCCCAUCUGCAUGUUACCUACCAACCAGACAGUCGACAGGCGAUUGCCGACUCCUGGCCACAGGUGUUUGAUGAUUCCGAUGCGCGUCGUGACUGGAACUGGCAGCACAAGUAUGAUCUAAACAAUCUGGUGGACUUCAUGGUCAAGGAUGUGCAGGAGAACUACAUCAAUGUGGAGAAUGGCGAACGCCAAACGCUGAGCAACUAAACCAAAGCGACAGCUGCUUAGCCACAACGAGUAUUCCAACAACAGAGACGAAAAGAAGAAGCUAAAAGGCAUUUAAAUGCAUUUAUAUACUAUUAAAAAACAACAAAUAAACAAUAAAUUUACAAAAUAUUUA